AUGAAUAUUAAUAAUAUUCCAGAACUAUAUACAACUGACAAGCGAUGUUACACCAAGAAUCAGUCAUGGUGGGUAGCGGCCACUAACAACUUCAGUCCACUCAUAUGCAUUCUAUUUCCUGUUGUUAUCAGCUUUGUCCUGAAAGAAACCGUUGAUAACAACAGCCCUCUUUCCAAAUUAAUCAUAGUACUAUUUCCCUUCUUAUACUCUGCAGUACAACAUCUUCUUCUGUUUCAUGGCAUGUGGGCCUCACACCAUAGACCAAGAGGCCUAUUAUCCAAGAUGCCCUACUACUCUCUCGACUUCCUUUUUCUAACAUUCGGUAUCAUCUCUGCCCUUUCGAUCAUUGCAUUUACCGUUGAAAAAUGGCAAGGCGACGACGAUUUACUUUUUCAUGCAAUCACUCUCCCUUUCCUCAUUAUAUCGCCCACCUAUCUACUAUCUACUUCCUGUAAUCCUACAACAGGACAAAUCCAGUUCACAGAUACCGCCAUCACCGCCCUUAUUGACUUAAUCAUACUGUCAUCUUAUAUAAUCGGCAUAACGUUAACGGUUCUCUUUAGAAACAGAAACGUCUGCUGUCCUUUCCCCUUUAUUUUUGCCUUUGCCUCUUUCAUACUCAUUCUACUGAGGUCACUCAAGGAAACGUUCUUCCCAUCCAAGCAGAGCUCCUCAUCUUCCUUAUGGAGGAAAGGGAUCUUUGUCUUCAUAGUAAUCUCUAGCAUACCUGGCUAUUUACUCACAGUAUGUGGGCCUAUAGCCGUCUUUAGCCAACAUUUCAACUGUUUUGCCAAUUCUGACUAG